AUGCAGUUAUCAGUUCUAUCUUAUUACUUGAAUUUAUAUAUCUUACCAAUAAUAGUUGUGUUUGGUGUUGUUGGUAAUCUUCUGAGUGUUUAUAUAUUUACUCGUCCAGCACUUCAUCGUUCGUGUUCAAUAUAUUUCCUUGCUGGAUCAAUCAACGGUCUUAUAAUUCUCCUGUUCGGUACGUUUCUUCAAUGGUUGACACAGAUAUUUCCUGUUUUAUACGCAACUGGCGUCAGCCUUGAAUACUGCCGUUUUCGAACGUUUAUGCUUUAUGUCAUUUUUAAUUUGGCUCCAUAUUUCACAGCUUGCGCCACAAUCGAUCGAUUUUGUUCCAGUUCAGUCCAUCCUAAACUACGUCGUUUAAGCUCUCGAGCUCGAAUCGCUUAUAUAGUAAUACCUAUUAUCAUUUUCAUCACGGCUUUAGCUUACAUGCACAUCGUUGUUCGAUUCAACAUUGAAAAUCUCAGAUGUCAAUCAGAAUCUGGCUUUUAUCAGAAUUUCUUUCCCUUUUUCACAACAGGGUAUUAUUUUAUCGCUAUAUUCAUAGUUCUUAUAUUUGGACUAGGCACCAGCUAUAAUAUCCGAAUUCAAACUCAACGGAUUCAACCGAUGAUCAGCACGGUAACUAAUCCGACAACGAGAGAAAAACGACGUGCCCGAGGCGAUAGUCAAUUGUUACUCAUGUUAUUCAUACAUGUUGUAUGUUAUGCCUUUCUUGCUUUACCAUAUCAUCUUUCACUAAUAGCAGCAGCUAUUCAACCGGCACUUCUUACAGAUAAGGUAUUUCUAUUUGUUUAUCAAAUAACUUAUAUUACACUCAAUCUUAGUCAAGCGAUCAAUUUUUAUGUCUUUACGUUAACAGCGAAUUUAUACCGGAAAGAACUGCAGAAUCUCAUCAAUCGACUCAAACUUCUGUGCUCGGCUCCAUAA